AUGCGAGACUCUAUCGCGAUUAUCCCGACAGCAGAAGACUCAUCACAGCCCCCCGAUCUCAGCUAUCGUAGGAUGGAUUGCCGGUUGGUGGCUGUCCACUCACCGACACAAUCGGAGGGUCAUCAUGGACUGCGAGAACCGCAGGCGGGCCUCGCAGAUCUCUACGCGAUGACAGACUGCACUCACAACAGCGCACAGCAACCGCCCUUGGACGUGGUGGUGCAGAGCUUCGCAGCUGCGGACCCCCAUAGGAAAUUCCCUGAACAGCCUGCUACGGGCAAGAGCACUAUCCUGCGAGCCCCUAUUCUCCGUGCCAGCUGGCUUAUAUACUUGCGCACAGAUGGGCGUUCUGUGAUCCGCGCAUUCGCUGUCGUCAGAGAAGGAGGAAGAAACACCGCUCCGAGUCGGCUGUGCUUUGGUGCUGGGUUCCGGCUGGCAGACGCUGCCAAUAGGCAGUUUUAUGUAACUGCAGUGAUCUGA